GUUCGGAGCUCUCCCCUCACUUAAGUACAGCUCGCCCGUCGCAUUUAUUGCGACUGAGCGAACUGUAACGUUGCAACUUGAACACUCAUACAACGCAAUGGCCGAUCCACUAACCGACAAUCGCCCUGGCGAGGAGGAAGACGAGGACGAAGAGGAGCUGGAUGACUCUAGCUAUAAAACCAUCAAAGAUGCCGUCUUAUUCGCCAUAGAUGUCAGUCCCACCAUGCUGGAGCAGCCGCCGUUACCAGAUGACAAGAAAGCCGAGCGCGAUUCCCCUACGUCUGCCGCGCUCAAAUGCGCCUACCAGCUUAUGCAACAGCGCAUAAUAUCCAAUCCAAACGAUAUGAUGGGUAUUCUCUUGUUCGGUACUGAGAAGACGGAUCUCAAAGAUGGCGACAACACAUUCCAGCACUGCUAUCUUUUGUCGGAUCUCGAUGUACCCUCUGCCCAGGAUGUGAAGCAAUUGCGGGACAUGGUCGAAAAUGAAGAGGAGGCUGCUAAGCUACUGAGGCCCGCCGCCGAAGGAGCGACCAUUGCAACAGUACUCUUCUGUGCAAAUCAGAUCUUCACCACCAAGGCUCCAAACUUCUCCUCGCGGCGACUGUUUUUGGUUACUGAUAACGACUAUCCUAUCAUAGCGAAGCACGAUAAGGAUACGGCAGUGACCAGAGCCCGAGACUUGUAUGAUCUUGGUUGCACUAUUGAUUUGUUUCCCAUCUCUAGAGUGGACCAUGCAUUUGAUCGUUCGCGAUUCUACGACGACCUUGUCUAUCCCUCGUCACCUUCUGAUCCCGAGGCUCCCGUGUCGACUCUCUCAACAACCAAGGUUGCCACUAGCGGAGAUGGUAUCUCACUCCUUAAGCAACUUCUCUCCUCGAUAAACUCGAAAGCUGCCCCGCGGCGGGCUCUAUUCAGUCUUCCAUUGGAGAUUGGACCUGAAUUGAGGAUAGGUGUCAAAGGGUUCAUUCUGAUCAAACGCCAAGAGCAUGUCAAAUCAUGCUAUGUCUGGGUUGGUGGGGAAAAAGUCCAGAUUGCAACCGGAUCAACGUCACACUUAGCCGAUGAUACUGCUCGAACUGUUGAGAAAGGGGAAUUGAGAAAAGCUUAUAAAUUUGGUGGUGAGACAAUCACAUUCACGCCUGAUGAAUUCAUCCAGAUAAGGCAAUGCUUUGGCGAUCCCGUCAUCCGGAUAAUAGGCUUCAAACCGCUCUCCGCUGCUUCCAUAUGGGCCAACAUAGGAAAGGCUACAUUUAUGUACCCAUCCGAGGCCGAAUUCGUGGGGUCGACGCGGGUGUUCUCAGCGCUACAACAGAAGCUCCUCAAGAGUAAAAGGAUGGCUGUGGCAUGGUUCGUAGCGCGAAAAAACGCUGCACCGGUCAUCGCUGCCAUCAUCCCGGCGGCAGAGAAGUACGACGAUAAUGACGAACAGACUAUGCCCCCUGGCCUGUGGCUUAUCCCGCUUCCUUUUGCAGAUGAUCUGCGUCAACCUCCUGACCAAGGCACUACCCUGAAAACUACAGAAGAGCUGACGGACAAAAUGCGCAUAGUCAUUGAACAGCUUCAACUGCCCAAAGGCAUCUAUGACCCAUCCAAAUAUCCUAACCCAGACUUGCAAUGGUUCUAUCGCAUUUUGCAGGCCAUGGCGCUCGAAGAAGAAGUACCAACGAAGCCCGAUGACAGAACGAUUCCCAAGUAUCGUCAAAUUGACAAGCGAGCCUCCCAGUACAUCGAAGACUUUGGUAACGCAUUUAACGAAGUCUACCAGUCCGCCAAGAAGCCAGGAAAAACCGCAAACCUCGUUUCCAGGAAGCGUGGUGGCGCGUCUAAUGCAGUCAAAGACGAAGACGAUGAAGUGGAUGCGAAGUCGAAACCGGCUCGUAAGAAAAUCAAGCAGGAAUCCAAAACGCAGGAGGUGGAGAUGGAUCUUGAUGAAGUGGAAGAAGGCGGACUCACAGACGCCCAAAUGGGUGAACUUAAUGACAGAGGGAAGCUGAGCAAGGAGACUGUGGGUUCACUGAAGGACUUCCUCAAGGCACGCAAACAGUCCACUGCGGGGAAGAAAGUGGAGCUGGUGGAACGUGUUCAAGACUAUCUCGAGUCAAAAGGUCUCUAGUGACCAGAUCAUGACAUUUGACGAGCUUGCAAUAUGAAUGGCGUCCAUGGUCCUGGCAUUGUCUUGAGAUUCUACUCCUUCAGAACUAUACAUAAUAGAUGCUCCCAAUUAAGGCCAAGCUACCACAAAUCGAAGCCCAAAAAUUCAUAUCCAGAAAGCCUAACAAACACGCGAGACUAUCUUUCAUACUUUGAUCAAUUACGUUACGCAUGCCAUUUCGUCCAGACAAGGGGAGUGAUAGCCCUGAUGAAGUAUUACUACGGACACUCAAUCAGCAAGACGCGUAGCUUUGCGAAACACCAUGCACCGCAUACAUGGAAUCUCGCCUGAUAAC